ACAACAUUGGAAGUGUCGAAGUUUUAAGAAAGAGAGGAACAAUGAAGACAGAGGUGGUUGUUAAUGUGUCUGUGAAUGGAUGUCAAGCUCGACCAAGUAUGAAGAAUUUUAUUGUAGGUUGUUUGAAGCCAAUGGUACCUUGCCUGUUUCAAGAUGCUACUUGCAAAAAUAAAGUCAUGACCAUUGCAGCAACUUUACCGAGGGUGGAGAAUAUAAGUUUAGAUGCAGAAAAGAAUUUGCUGACAGUAAUAGGAGAGGGAAUAGAUACAGUGGAGCUGGUGAAUAUACUUAGGAAGAAAGUGGGAUUUGCUAUCAUAGUGAGCCAGGGUCCACAGAAAGUUGAGAAGAAAAAUGAAGACAAAACAGUAAAGGAAGAAAAAGUGAUCAACUCAUGUGAUUGUAUUAAUAAUAAUAGUGUAAUUCCAGUGGUUGAAAUAUGGGAAGCUAGAGAUCCUUCUUACUCUUGCAAUCCAUUUUGGUGGUGAUGCCUCUUGAGGAAAAAUAGGAAGAAUUAUACCCAUACUUUAUUUUUGUUUCACUUUAUGUAAUUCUAUUUCUAUUGGGAGAGUUAAAUAAGUUUUUCUUU